UCGAAUGGAGUUUUAUUUAUGUUUAUUAUGGAAUAGAAAUAAAUUAUUAUUUUAAUUAUAAAGUUUUGAAUUGUGUGUGUAAGUGGUAUAUUAGCGAAUUUUGGAUACAACAAAAUAUUAAUUGUAGGAAAAACGGAAAAAGAGGAAACAAUGGGAAUGUCUCGCUGCUAUUCUUUGAUGAAAUGCUUGCUGAUACUUUUUAAUAUAAUAUUCCUGUGUGUGGGCAGCGGCGCGUGCGGGUUCGCAGCGUGGGCGCUGUGGGACGGGCGCGCCAGCGAGAACGCGGCCGGGCGCGCCGGCCUGUGCGCGCUGGCGGCGUGGGCCGCGGCGCUGGCGGCCGGCGCCCUGCUGGCGCUGUGCGGCGCCGCCAGGAACUCCGCCUCGCUCCUCGCCGCCGCCUUCGCACUGCUCGCGCUGAGCGCCGUGGCCGAGGGCGCCGCCGCGUGGUGGGGCGCCGCGCAUCUGCCGCAGCUGCAGCGCGCGCUGCGGGAUCGCCUCGAGCUCACCGUGAAGCGCGACUACGGCGUGCUGCCGUCCCGCACGCACGCGCUCGACGCCAUCCAACAGGGCCUGCAGUGCUGCGGCGCCGAGAGCAUGCGCGACUGGCAGGCGUCCGAGUGGUCGCGCGGCCGCCUGGCGAGCGACGAGCCCGCGCUGGCGGCGCGCGCGGCGGCGCUCGACCUGUCCGUGGGCGCGCCCGCCGCGCACUACUGGGUGCCCGCGUCAUGCUGCGCCACGGAGGACGCGAGCGAGUGCGGGGCGGCGCGGCGCGUGCCGGCGGCGUCGGGCUCGGCGGCAGGGUUGCACGGCGCGGCGUGUGGGCCGCGCGUUCUGGCGGCGCUGCGGCGCGGCGCGCGGGCGCCGCUGGCGGCGGGGGGCGCGCUGCUGGCGGCGCAUGCGCUGGCGCUGCUGCUGACGCUGGCGUUGUGUCUGCGCGCACACCCCGACCCAUCGUACAAGGCGUAGGCGGUUCUCAAUCUUUGCAGCGAGUCAUCCCGAACUCCCUCCCUUACGAAUGAAUCACAUCUGCCGGUGUCUUAACCGGUGUUCUGUAACUAUUGAGUUGUACCAUUUUGAAUAAUAUGUUCCUACCAUAUUAUACUUGCGAGUAUAAAAUCGACUCACACGAAAUUGCCAUUUCCCUUUCAUUGUAAUUUUACUCAUAACACAUGUAAUAUAAUAUUAUCACAACAAAUAUUUGAAUUUACAGCACUAUUUUUGAAUUUAAUUUUAUAAAACGAUUUUUUUGUAUAAAAUGUCGCAUCUGAGUGAUUUUUUACUCACAAGUAUAAAUAAUCAAAAGUCUGAAUCCCCACGGCCCAAUGAUCCCACCAGUGCCUGCCACGGGCCCGCAUGGGCUCCGGGUGUACUGUAGUGCCGGACGCGACGUAGUGUGUCGAGCCGGCUUGUAGGAUAUCCUGUAUGCAACUAACACUAGUUUGUAGGGUGUAACCAAAUGUGAGUUUAAAUGGUGUCACGUGACACGACGCAGCCCUCCGGGUGGCUGAGGAGUGCUGGCGGCGGUCCGAGGUCCCCGGCGGACCCGGUGGGCCGCGUGGUUUAUAUGUUUGUAACCAAAUGUGUACUAGUUGUAGGUUUAUGUUGUUGUCGUGCUUCUGUCGGUGUAACAACACGCGAACCAGCCAGGCGGCGCUCGCUUGUUACUUAUAUAAAGUCCGAGAUGCUGUAACCAUGACUGUAAAUAAUAGAAUAGGUACGACCACCAAUAACACACAAAAAUAUUGGUAUAUGGAAUUUUAAUCCACAUCUUUGAGGGCCGAAACCCACUUUCAAGAGGUGAUCGCAACGGGUUUAAAAGGGAGUCUCUGGUUAAGUACGCAUGCUGCAGUACUGUGGGCGCUGCGACGGUGAUAUAGUCUAACUCCCAAGUAUUGAUUUUAGAAAAUUAUGUUUUUGCAUUUGAAAGCUUAACUUUGUGACAUUUUCCAAUAAUUUAGGAUUUUGUUGCAAAGUUUUAUUAGAGUUACUUUCAAUUUAAAUUAAUUAAGGGUGAUAUUUAAUUUUAGUGCCUUUAGAUAACAAAAAAGAAACCCAAUAUCAGAAUCCGCGUCGAUGAAUAUGAUUGGUCUGGAAACAAACAUGUGAUUUCUCGACUAAUCAUAAUCAAAGGACACACACCUCCGUGUCAUAGCUGCCACAUACUGCAGAGGUAUAGACUAUAGAGUCUAGAAAGUAGAAAUGGAUUCGCUACGGACAAUACGCAAGCAGUUGGCUCACCCGGCGUGUGGUUGCGCAUGCGCGUUACACCGACUCGGCACUUUAGUAUUUUAUCUCACCGCAUGUACUUAUUUAUGUUUUAUUUUCUACAGAUAUUUGUCUUAUUGUUUUGAACUCGAUUAACCAAAGAGCUGCUGUUGCGGAUCUGAAGGAGACUGGCAUUUUGUCGUAACUCGUAAUACUCUUGUUAGUUUAAGUUUCGUUUAUCACUGCCAUGACAUGUUGCGCACGAGCCGCCGCCGGCCGACCCGGCCUCGCCUGCAGCACGGAGCGGAGGCUGCGGCCGCGACCGGUGACCGCUCUGUGCGCUUGAAGACUGAUUUAUUUUCUUUUACAUUUCCUAACCAACUGUUUAAAGUUGUAAUAGAGUACAAAUAUUUAUAAGUUUAUUAUUUUAUUAACAUAAUUUAAUUGUUAUUUUUUACAAACCAUAUACUGUCGUACGAUAGGUAUAAAGACAUAGUUAAGGAUAAGUGUAGACUUUCAGAUCAGGAUACGUCGGUGUCGUACUGCACACAACACACAUCAUUAUUUCGCCACAAAAUUUUACUUUUCGUUGUAUAUUUUAGUGAGGCUAAUGAUAUUGAGAGCCAAGUACAAUCGGCCAUAGAGAAGCAUAGGCGCCGGGAGGGGGGUGCAAGUAGGAGCACGUGCACCCCCCUGCCCAAAAAUAAAUCGCAAAACACAUAAGCCACAAUACAUGUGCAACAAGGGGAACUAUCGACUACAGAGGUUUUUUUAUGAUAAAGCAUUUUCAAAAACCCGUAUAAUUUGAUUUGAAAACAAAAUCGUUAUGGUAUUAUAUAAGUAGUAUAGUGUGUAGGGGCAGAUAAACCUCCCUAAAACUAAUCUUGGCGAAGUUCAUGUAGAGAAGGCAAAGUAGAACAUAAAAGUAAAUGUCUUAGGCAAAAUAAGCGUUACUCCCUGAUCACAAUUUUAUACAGAUUUCUCGAGUUUGGCCCACGGUGCCCGCGACAGAUGGCAGACGCUCGGACAGCCCGCAGUAGCCGACAGCGUAGUUGUACACGGAUGCUUUGCGUUAUGCUUUUGACUUUCCAAGCGUUAGGGUACCGACGUAGAACAAAUAAAGCCUUUAUGUUAUGUGAAUAGUUGUACGAGGCGAGCGGGCCGCUUUAACACUCAAGUAUAAUCGAUGAAACGUGGCAAAACUAUAGCGGACUUGUCAACAGGCCGUAUAGACUGCGGCCCAGGCACAAAUAAAUGUUUAACCUUAUUUUUAGGUGUUCACCCCGUUGAGUACGAAUUGAUUGCAGUCGGACUUUGUUCAUUUCCACAAAAUACGCAAAUGCGGGACGGCACAAAUUAAGCGCCUUAACGUAAGAAUACUUACGACGGUAUAAAUCCGGGACUAGUCGAAACUAUUCAAAUAUUGAAACAUAGAUAAAAAACCUACAUUUAUGAAGACGUCAAUACAACAAAAUUUAAUGUAAAGAAAUGUCUUGUAUACGAAAAACAUUAUUAAUAAGUAAAUCAAAAUAUUAAAGUUCCUUUUUUUGUUUUUGCGGGAACCACUGCCUUUAUCUCCGGGGUACCCUGCGAACGGGAUACAAGCGAUCCUCCAGCGUAGCAAUUGCAGCGGUCCCGGCGGAUAUUGGGGAACGAUGGAAACUUAUAGGAUCUACGGAGGGGUUAUGUUCGCGGAAACUUAUAGGCCUCAAUGUCUCAGUGCGCAUAUCACGUGGUUGUAUAACAAUACAAUCACGUGAUAUACACACUGCACCAUGUGCGUCGGCCCGCGACUGAUGUCCCCUGUGCCCCCAUGCAUGGGCGUGUAUUCUGAAUAGCGCGAAUAGCUCCUUUCGUUGAGCGGGCGAAUAUUGUCCCCGUCUCCUAACUAUAACUGUAGUUCAACUACACCAUCGUAACAUAAUAAGUCACUGAUAUAAGCAGACCGUUAUUAGUAAGUAACACUCCUUUAAUGGAUUCAGAAAGGUAUUUGGAUUUGGUGGUGUAUGUGUGUGCAGUAGGUCAUUAGUUAGUUUGAUGUGCCGUGCGCGGGGCUGCAGAGCGCUGACUUGAGCUCCCGCUGUAUCGGUCACAAACAUUUAACAUUUGGAACACUAAUAAAUGGGUAUUAUCGUUUUAACAAUAA